AUGGAGCGAACUCGGAGCACUCCUCCAGACUCGCACACCAGGCCAGAAGCGGCCUCUCCAUGUAUUAGGACAUAUCCACUCGAUAAUCUGAUACUUUAUGGGUAUUUCCCUAAAACUAAACACGCCGAGUCUGGAGAAUCGGACCUAUUAUGGAUCCUGGGGCUCCCGCUCUUCAGCACAGAUGUACAUAAUGGUCAAAUGGUUGACCAACUUUGGAGCGAGGUACCACGAGGAACGCGCUUGUAUCCUUGCUGGUAUAUCACCGGCAUUGAUGAAUUUGAUAAGAUGUAG